AUGGGCAGGUGCCCCAUCUUGUUGGAAGAUCCAAUGUUGUCCGGCAAAGUGAUUUUCGGCCCAUGGAAGCAAAUGCUUCUUCAAAAUUUCUUCUACGUAAUACUCUUUGUUGAUGAGCGUCACUUGCCGCAGUUCAUCAAGAAGGAUGGAUGGCCUGCUUCCUCUCCGGAUUUGAAUCCUCUCGACUUCUCCAUCUGGGGAGUUCUUCAAAAUAAGGUCUGUGCAAGACCCCAUUCGAGUGUUGAGGCAUUGAAGAAGAAAUUGGUGGAGGAAUGGGACAAAUUGUCGGUGGAAUACCUCCGUGCCACAGUCGACGCGUACCCAAGACGUCUUCGAGCUGUCAUCGCCGCGAAAGGUGGCAGAAUCGAAUAA